UCUCCUGCGGUUGGAAUUUCCAACUCUGACGUCACUGCCUGCCACUUCCAGAUUUGGGAAAAAAAUUAUUUUCACUUUGGUGGGAUUUGAAACUCUCUGGAUUCCUAGAAAGCCCCGAGGAAGGUGUCAUUCAGGAGAACGAGGCAGCGACAAGGAAAAUACCAAAGAACUGUCAGCUGUGAGGCCCGUACGUCAAGAGAAGAAGAGGUGUCUGAACCUGUGAUUGGCCCCUCUGUGAUCCUGUAGUGACUGUGACUGUCUGGCCUCUCUCCUCUCUCUCUGCAUUGAAGAAUCUGAACCAUGUGGACCACCGAAGGCGAGGUUCAGGUGACAGGGCGGAUGGAGACCACCCCUGCCAUGGGCGUCCCUAGUAUCUCUGUUUCCCAGCAACAGGCCCCUAAGAAGUUUGCCCCUGUGGUUGCCCCCAAACCUAAGUUCAACCCGUACAAGGACCCCACUGACCUUGCAGGAGGGGACUAUCCCCCACCUCCUCCUCCUGCUGAAGACGGAGGCCUCUCGUCCUCCAUCUCUUUCCCACCACCUCCACCCAUGGACAGAGAAUAUCAGAUGCAUGGACCAGAGAAGACCCUGGAAGAGAGGCGGUCCAGUCUGGACGCUGAGAUUGACUCUCUGACUUCUAUCCUAGCUGACCUGGAGAGUAACUCACCUUACAAGCCCCACAAUGCACAGAACUCUGGAACUCUGACCAGUCCCAACGCUCCGGUGACAGGGUACAAACGUAUGGUCAUCCCCACCCAGCCUCCUCUGACGGCCACCAAGAAGUCCUCUCCCAAGGCCGGGGCCCCAGGCGGAACACUGCCCCGGCCCCAAGCGGAGAACUCCUCCUCAGCCUCCAUACUGGCCAGGCCCCAGUUCCAGACGGCCCCCCAGCCAGUCCCGGCCUCCUACGCCACAGCCUCCACCCCCAGCCAGCCCACCUUCAACGUACAGGUGAGGUCUGCCCAGCCCGGGCCCCAGCACCAGUCCCCUGGGCCCCCCCAGCAGUUUUCCCAGCAGCCCAACAGGAGCCCGGUCCAGUACAUGGCUGCCCAGCCCAGGGGCCCUGAUUUCGCCUAUGGGCCUCCCCAGCCUGGUUUCGCUCCUCAAGGCUACCCAGAGCAGGCCUACCCGGGAGCAGGAGGGUACGGGGGAGAACCAGGAGGGUACGGGGGAGAACCAGGAGGGUACGGGGGAGAACCAGGGAACACCUGGAGACCCCAGCCGAGCUAUGCUGCUGCUCCUACCCAGCAGGGCUGCCCACAACCUGUCCCGAAGAAGACCUACAUCACUGACCCUCCUGCCAGCCUGGCGCCUCCUGUACACCUCGCCCCACAGAGGGCUCCCAGCGGUGCCAGGCCUGAGGAAGAACUGGAGAGGCUCACCAAGAAGAUGCUGUAUGACAUGGACAACCCUCCGGCUGAGGAGUACUUUGGGCGGUGUGCCAGCUGUGGGGAUAAUGUGGUGGGUGAGGGUACCGGCUGUACCGCCAUGGACCAGGUCUUCCACGUGGACUGCUUCAUCUGCAUGACCUGCAGUGGCAGGCUGCGCGGUAAACCCUUCUACGCUGUGGAGAAGAAGGCCUACUGCGAGCCCUGCUACAUCAACACCCUGGAGUCCUGUAACAUCUGCAGUAAACCCAUCAUGGAGCGUAUCCUGCGGGCUACAGGGAAGGCCUACCAUCCACACUGCUUCACCUGUGUGGUGUGUCAACGCAGCCUGGACGGUAUCCCCUUCACUGUGGACGCUGCCAACCACAUCCACUGCAUCGACGACUUCCACAAGAAGUUUGCCCCUCGUUGCUGUGUGUGUUCUGAGCCCAUCAUGCCAGCUCCAGGCCAGGAGGAGACUGUUCGUAUCGUCGCCUUGGACCGAGACUUCCACGUGCAGUGUUACCGUUGUGAGGACUGUGGUUCUCUGCUGUCUGAAGGGGACAACCAGGGUUGUUACCCCCUGGACGGACAUGUCCUCUGUAAGAGCUGUAACACCAGCCGUAUCCAGGCCCUCACCGCCAAGGCUACCACUGACCUCUGAACCCCAGCCCUGCUACCCCGCCAAGGCUACCACUGACCUCUGAACCCCAGCUCUGCUACCCCGCUCACCUCUACUGCCUGGCUGGCUGCCCUUCAGCCCAACACACACACACGUACACACACACACAUGUACACACACACACAUCUAUGAAUAUUAUGAAAUUGCUAAUGGGGAGAAACAAGGAUGUGAUGUCCCUGAAAUGUUGACAGUCUCGGUACGAUCGUCAGCCUGUUGAUUCCUUUAUUGCUGUCAUUAUUAUUAAUGCCUGUUCCCUCUACUUGCAUUUACUCUUUGACAUUGUAGUCACUUAGCAGACACUCCUUAAUCAGAGAGAUUCACAGGACAGUCAGCAGACACUCCUUAAUCAGAGAGAUUCACAGGACAGUCAGCAGACACUCCUUAAUCAGAGAGAUUCACAGGACAGUCAGCAGACACUCCUUAAUCAGAGAGAUUCACAGGACAGUCAGCAGACACUCCUUAAUCAGAGAGAUUCACAGGACAGUCAGCAGACACUCCUUAAUCAGAGAGAUUCACAGGACAGUCAGCAGACACUCCUUAAUCAGAGAGAUUCACAGGACAGUCAGCAAGACACUCCUUAAUCAGAGAGAUUCACAGGACAGUCAGCAGACACUCCUUAAUCAGAGAGAUUCACAGGACAGUCAGCAGACACUCCUUAAUCAGAGAGAUUCACAGGACAGUCAGCAGACACUCCUUAAUCAGAGAGAUUCACAGGACAGUCAGCAGACACUCCUUAAUCAGAGAGAUUCACAGGACAGUCAGCAAGACACUCCUUAAUCAGAGAGAUUCACAGGACAGUCAGCAGACACUCCUUAAUCAGAGAGAUUCACAGGACAGUCAGCAGACACUCCUUAAUCAGAGAGAUUCACAGGACAGUCAGCAGACACUCCUUAAUCAGAGAGAUUCACAGGACAGUCAGCAGACACUCCUUAAUCAGAGAGAUUCACAGGACAGUCAGCAGACACUCCUUAAUCAGAGAGAUUCACAGGACAGUCAGCAGACACUCCUUAAUCAGAGAGAUUCACAGGACAGUCAGCAGACACUCCUUAAUCAGAGAGAUUCACAGGACAGUCAGCAGACACUCCUUAAU